CUCCACAUAGACAACUCAAUACAGAGAUAUAUAGCUCCAAGCUUUUUGUCCUGCAAGCAUGUUGAGAGAUGGAUUUAUCAUUUCCUUUCCAUUCCUUUCUUGCCUUCUUUCUCUUAUCUUGACAGGUCUUUUAGCUGUAAAUGGAGAUGUCCAAAAGGACUUUUACAUUGUUUUCAUGAGACAUCAUCCAGUUAAUGAAGAGACUGUGCGUCAGUCUCACAUCGACGUCCUCUCAAUGUUGAAGGGAAGUGAUGUUGAGGCUAAGGAGUCCCAUGUUUAUAGCUAUACAAAAAGCUUCAAUGCGUUCGCUGCAAAGCUAUCUCAAGAUGAAGCCAACGAAUUAUCCGGCAUGGAUGGAGUGCUUUCUGUUUUCGUGAACAAGUAUCACAAGCUACACACGACUAAAUCAUGGGAAUUCAUCGGAUUACCUGCAUCAGCAAGAAGAAAACCGAAAAUGGAGAGCAAUAUUACUGUUGGUCUAUUAGAUACAGGGAUUACUCCACAGUCAGAGAGCUUUAAAGACGAUGGAUUUGGUCCUAUACCCGCGAAAUGGAAAGGAGGAAAAUGUGGCCACUUUGCUAAUUUUUCAGGAUGCAACAAGAAGCUCAUAGGAGCCAAGUACUUCAAGCUGGACAACAAUCCGGACCCAAGUGACAUACUUUCUCCUAUAGAUGUGGAAGGCCAUGGGACACACACAUCCUCAACCCUAGCCGGAAAUGUUGUCGCGAAUGCAAACCUGUUCGGACUUGCUAGAGGGGCAGCUCGGGGGGCAGUGCCAUCUGCAAGGGUGGCUAUGUACAAAGUGUGUUGGGUUAGCAGUGGUUGUGCAGACAUGGACAUUCUUGCCGCCUUUGAUGCUGCUAUUCACGACGGUGUUGAUGUCAUAUCCAUCUCCAUUGGUGGCCUAACGGCUGAUUAUGUAACGGACACUAUAGCAAUAGGAGCAUUUCAUGCCAUGCAAAAUGGGAUCAUCACUGUUGCUUCUGCUGGAAAUGAUGGACCAAACCUGGCUACUGUGGCUAACCAUGCCCCAUGGAUUUUUACCGUGGCAGCAAGUGGUUUGGAUCGGCAGUUCAGAAGCAAAAUUGUUUUAGGCAACGGAAAGACCACCUCGGGAGUCGGAGUGAACACAUUCAAUCCGAAACAAAAAUCAUACCCACUUGUCAAUGGGGCUGAUGCAGCCAAGACUUCUUCAAGCAAGGAGAGUGCAAGUUAUUGCACGGAGGACUCAAUUGACCCUAUGAAGGUGAAGGGAAAGCUUGUCCACUGCAAACUAGGAACAUGGGGUGCUGAUUCUGUUAUUAAGGGUAUUGGAGGGAUUGGUACUAUCAUUGAAAGUGAUGCCUUCCUUGACGCUGCCCAAAUUUUUAUGGCACCAGCAACAAUGGUCAAUGAUACAGUUGGUGCAACCAUUACUGAAUAUACGCACUCCACAAGAUCACCAUCUGCCGUGAUAUACAAGUCCCAAGAAGUUAAGAUCCCAGCUCCUUUUAUUGCUUCAUUUUCAUCCAGGGGUCCUAAUCCAGGAUCAAAACACAUACUCAAGCCUGAUAUUGCAGCACCAGGCAUUGACAUCUUGGCAUCAUACACCCCUUUCAAGUCACUUACCGGGCUGAAAGGUGACACCCAGUACUCAGAUUUCACUCUCAUGUCCGGGACUUCCAUGGCAUGCCCACACGUUGGCGGGGUAGCUGCAUAUGUGAAGUCGUUCAACCCAAAAUGGUCUCCGGCUGCUAUCAGAUCCGCCAUCAUGACCACCGCUACACCUAUGAGCAAAAGGGUGAACAAUGAAGCUGAAUUUGCCUAUGGUGUGGGACAAGUGAACCCUAGAAGAGCACGGAGCCCUGGCUUAGUCUACGACAUGGAUACGAUAUCAUACGUUCAGUUCCUAUGCCAUGAAGGCUUUAAAGGAUCUAAAAUAGCCGUCUUAGUAAAUGAUUCCAAGCCAAUUAAUUGCUCUGCAUUGCUGCCUGGAAUUGGUGAUGAUGGUCUCAACUAUCCCACUAUGCAACUCCCAUUGAAAGACAAAGCGCCAAGAACAGCGGUUUUCCGGAGGACAGUCACUAAUGUAGGUCCUUCCAACUCCAUCUACAAUGCCACCAUUAGAGCCCCCAAAGGAGUGGAGAUUGUUGUGAAGCCGACGAGUCUCUCAUUCUCUCGUGCCUCGCAGAGGCGGAGCUUCAGUGUUAUGGUGAAGGUGAAACCAACGUCAAGUACACAGAUGAUCAUUUCAGGUUCACUCGUAUGGAGAAGCUCUAGGCACUGUGUUAGGAGUCCAAUUGUUAUUUAUUAUAAUCCAGAAGAUACGGAAAUGAAAAAAAUGACUGAAUUAAGGAGCCAAAUGCAUGAAUAAUGAGCAAAAUGGAGGAUGCAUGCAUGCUCCAAUUACAUCAUGUACUAUAUGGAAUGUGUGUGUACAUGUAUAUGCUAAUGUACUUGUGUAUGAAGUGUUGAAAAUAUGGUAUUUGGGUGUAGCAUUUAUUUUCAAUAAGCAAAGGUAUUUGAACCCUUUUUAAGUGAUUA